AUUGCUAAUCUAAGCUUGAUCCUCUCAAAAUGCUUUUCGUGUGCGCAGUUCACAAAGCUCAAGAACGGCUUGGCACUGGGAUGCGCCUUUAACCAUGCUAUUGUAGACGGACACUCCACCUGGCACUUUAUGACAUCAUGGGCCGACCUCACUCGCGGCCCAUCUGCAACUAUAUCCGUUCCUCCCUUCCACGACCGUACCAAAGCCCGAUCCACCCGCGUCAAAGUGGACCUCCCUUCCUCCCCAAAAGCCCACGAACUCGCCGAUCCAAACGGCCCACCCAAACAUUUGGUCGCCAAAGUCUUCUCUUUCUCCGAACCCGCGCUCUCCCAACUCAAAUCCCAGGCCAACGCCAACCUCCCUCCUGAAUCCAAACCCUUCUCAACCUUCCAGUCCCUCGGGGCCCACGUAUGGCGCUCUGUCUGCCGUGCCCGUGCACUCAAGCCCGAGGAUAUCACCGUCUUCGCCAUCUUCAUGAAUUGUCGCUCUCGCAUCGACCCUCCAAUGCCCGAGUCCUACUUUGGGAACCUCAUCCAGGCCAUCUUCACUGGCACUGCGUCGGGCUUGCUGCAGGCGAGCCCGCCCGAAUUCGGUACUGGGCUACUGCAGAAGGUUAUUGAGUCCCACGACACGAAGGCGGUCAACGCGAGGUUGGAUGAGUACGAGGCAAAGCCCAAAAUGUUCCACUACACCGACGCAGGGGUCAACACGGUGGCGGUGGGAAGCUCGCCGAGGUUCAGGGUGUACGAUGUGGAGUUCGGGUUCGGGCGUCCGGAGCGGGUGCGGAGCGGAUUGAACAAUAAGUUUGAUGGGGUCAUGUUCCUGUACCCGGGGAGGGAUGGGGGUAUUGAUGCAGAGCUGACUCUGGACCCUGAGGCAAUGAAGAAUCUGGAGAGGGAUGAGCAGUUUCUUAACGUUGCUGCUGCUUGAAUCCAUUAGUGUUUCGCAUCGCCCGUUCAAAUGUAUCGUUCGUUAAAAGUUUGAUUCGUGUUUUUCUUUCCUUUGCUUACUCUGUAUUGGCUCAUGUUAAUCGAGCGGGAGAUCAGUGUUGUUACGUAUGUAUUUGUAUGUUCUGAACGGCUAUAUAAUAUGGCCAAAUAUCUCUAAGUGAAGAAAUAAUAAUUAUUGGAUACAAAGGUAUUACCUUUGGUGGGGCCUUCUGAUCACAA